AUGGCCAGAAGCUGCAAAGAACCGCGCUCGCCACGGCCCAGGCCCAGCUGCGGAGCCGCCCGGCGAGCGGCCGACCCCGGGUCUCGGGAGCAGGAGCCGCUCUGGACCCCAGUGUCCAGGCCGGGAGUCGCGGGUAGAUGGGGGGGGGGUGGCACUCGCAACCUGGGUCCUCCCUGGGGUGGCGUGCGCGGUCUCACUUCCACCUUCCUCCAUCUGCUCUGCCUCGCGGCCUGAGGCUCCCCGCGUGGCAUCGCGUCUGGUCGCCUGCCCCUCGCUGCCCACGCCGCCGAGCAUGACGGAUCGGGGGCGCCUCGGCUGCGAACCGCCAGGAGCGACCUGAGGUCCCAGGGAACCGGCUGCAAACUGCAGUGCUGCAGUGUCAGGCCUGACAAGGACACCUUCUGGGCGGGCAGGCCCGUCACUCUCGAGAUGGCUGACCUCCAGGAUUUCCAUUUCUGAGGACCUCUUCCUGCUGCGGUUUCAGGAGCAUUUGGGGCUCGUCCACCCUCCUCCUCUCUUGAACCCCCGCACCCCUCCACACCCCCCACCUGACCUCUGCCAGGGGCAGAAGAGAAAACAGUGGCUUAUGACGGAAACGUCCCCAGUUUGCAGCAGGCGCGUAUGCUGUGCCUGCAGGCGACGUUGACAUCCGUUAAACAGAUAACCAGACAAAGGCACGUGGCUGUGGAGGUGUCCCUCGCCCAGGGUCCCCUCCGGACCGCCGCCUGCCCUUCCCCUCUCCAGCUCAGGGCUGCUCACUUCGAAGACGGCCUCUUCCCUUCCUGUGUGUAUUUCCCCCCAAGCAAUUACACUCCUGCACUGAAAUCUAAAUUUUCCAUCCUGCUGC